AUGAGGCGCUAUUCCGAUCGGCUUCAACCCAUCCGCACGCGCUCGUCCUCCGUUGGGACGACGAACAACUCCCGAACGGAGUAUCGGCCAUCAAUGGCCGAUGUCACCUACAACACAUCCUUUCCCUCCCUCAUCCGCACUCUCUCAGCCCUCACAGGUGUGCAUUGCGAGCAACCCGUCGAAUGCAGCUGCGAGACUGGAGUCGCGACACAAUCAAAGUCGCCGUUGAUUUUGCUAGAAUAUAAUGAACGCGACGCCGCUGAACGAACCCUUUGGAAUAUGAUGUGUGAGGUUGGGAUCAAGUUCGAGCAAGUGGGCGAGAAGGUUGGUUCGGGAGGUGAGCCUGCAGAGAUUUGGGUUGGAAGCGUAUUACCAUAG